AUGGCACGGAUGUGUGUGAUUACACGUCGUCUGGAUGUGGCUCGAAUCUGUUUGGGCAAGAUGGGUGAUGCGACCGCUGCCAUGUUGGUCCGCGAAGCCAAAGUCAGAGAACCGGAACCUGAAGCUCAAGCUGGUGAAUUGGCUAUCCAACUGGGCAUGGUGGAUGAAGCCGAAAGACUGUUCACCCAAUGUGGUCGGUGGGACUUGCUCAUUCAGUUGCAUCAGACCAUGGGACAUUGGGAAAAGGCACUGAAAGUGGCCGCCUCUCACAAUCGCAUUGCAUCACGAGCCACAAAUUAUGCAUACGCCAGAGAGUUGGAGAAGAUGGGAUUGACACACUUGGCCAUCGAACAUUACAUGAAGUCUGAAACUCAUCGAUUUGAAGUGCCCCGGAUGCUGAAAUACUCCCCAAACGAUUUGGAAGCAUUUGUGAACACACACGCUGAUAGGUCCAUUCAACGCUGGUGGGCGCAGACACUCGAGGCAGAAGGGCGCUUGGACGAGGCACGAGACUAUUAUCUGCAAGCUACGGAUUAUUUAUCGUUGGUUCGAGUUCUCUGCUGCAUGGGCCAAAACGAGCGCGCCGAAGAGUUGUGCAACGAGACUGGUGAUCCGGCUGCCUGUUACCAUCUGGCUCGUCAGCUAGAGAACAAUGGGGACAUUGAUCAAGCGAUCCGCCUGUUUACCCGCGCUAAGGCUAUUUCAAGCGCUGUCCGUCUUUGUAAAGAGCAUAAUCGAAACGACCACUUGUACAGUUUGGCACAACUGGGGAAACCGGAAGAUAUGCUCGAAGCGGCUGUGCACUUGGAAUCCGUGCCAGAUUAUACGAACAAAGCGAUCCUCCUGUUCAACAAAGCCGGUUACAUUGGGCGAGCAGUAGAGCUGGCAUUUCAAACACACCAGUUUGCAGCCUUGCAGAGCGUUGCGGGCUCCUUGGACGAUAGAAUCGAUCCUGCUUUGUUGAAGAAGUGUGCCGAAUUCUUUGUUCAGAACAAUCAAUUCGAUCGAGCGGUGGAUGUACUGGCUGCCGGGAAGCAAUACUGGGAAGCGUUGAAAACGUGCGCCGAAUACAAUGUGCCAAUUGCAGACGAGCUAGCAGAGAGGUUGACCCCACCGGCCACAAGUACAAUUCCUGAAGCCGAGAGAGUUAGUAUCUUGGUCGAAUUGGGGGAACUGUGUCUGGGCCAAGGGCAAUAUCACAUGGCAUGCAAGAAAUUCACUCAAGCGGGAAGUCGAAUAGCGGCGAUGAAAGCGCUACUUCGGUCAGGAGACACUGAGAAGAUCAUUUUCUUUACCAAUGUCAGCAAGCAGAGAGAGAUCUACGUGAUGGCCGCAAACUAUCUACAAACUCUGGAAGAAUGGAAAACAAAUGUGGACACUAUGCGCACAAUUGUUCAAUUCUACACACGUGGACGGGCCCUAGAAUCACUGGCGUCGUUUUACGAAUCAUGUGCACAGACGGAGAUCGAGGAGUUCGGAAACUACGAGAAGGCGACCGGUGCUUUAACUGAAGCGUAUAAAGUACUGCUUAAAGUGGUCAACUCAGCUACAGUGGACGAAUCCAGUGAGUUACGGAUACAAAAGAGACUGGCACAUAUCAGGACCAAAGUCACAAUGUGCAAGGAGUUCUUGGAAACUCAAAUGUAA